AUGAAGACAGCAUCCAUUGCCGCAGCUGCUGCUGCUUUCCUCACCACCAUGGUCGAGGCUCAAGCUUUCACUCUCAAGCUCCGUUCCACUACUCCUGGAUUACCCGGCAACAGCACCACCGCAACUUGCCCUUCUUGGAAUGCCAAUUGCCCUGGAAAAGACGUCACCAUCUUCUCAGGACCCACUGUCGAUGGCCAGCCCACCCAGAUGUGGAUGGGCAUCCUCCAGGAGCACGGUCAGCGCGUCUACACUCACGCUCACCCCGACGCACUCUUCCAGGGACACUAUGGCGACUUGAUCAGCUAUACAGCCGCAGGCAACGACGAGUCAGCCAACGUACCCAAGGUCGACGAGUACGGCGAUCUCUUCGCCAUCAAGACAUGGGACAACGAUGACGGUCUGCUAGGUCUUAAGAGAGGCGAACGUGUCCUCGCUCAUGGAUCUGGCAGCUCCGUCGUCUUUGACCUCUGCAGCCCGCAAUUCGGCAACCAUCCUGGACCAAACACUCUCAUUCUCUCCACUAUCAGCAAGUGGUGCACACCUGCCGCACUCGUCGUCGAGGAGACCGAUGUGGCUGCUCCCCAGUUCUACAACUGCGAUGGCUGUGAGUUGAGAGGCGCAAACCUUACCAAUGGACCUUCUUGCGGCGCUCCGUUCUGCGGCACCAACAACUACUUCUGGUGGAACUAA